AUGGAUGAGGAUGCCAUGGACUAUGAAAUGCAACGCCACGAUCCUCACGCACAUGUUGGACCACGGGUAGGAGGAGGUUGCCCGGCAUUGGCUGGCUGGCGUGGAGAACAGCAUCGAAACUUGUGGCAGGAGCACCGGGGCUGGAGCCAGCAGUACUUCCCACCGAUCUCAUCAGAUGCCUUCAUCUAUCCUCACCACCACCCUCAACCGCCCUCGUUCUUGCAGCACUGGCCCCACGGCGCCGGCAACACCACCACCAGCAGCAACACCAGCAACACCACACCACACCUUGGCCUGCCAGCCUCGCGACCAGCAGAUUCAAAUUACGAGGGUUCCUUCAACCACCAGAUCCCAGAGUUCAGCCCGCUACCUCCAAUCUCGGCUCACCAGCCCUACUCUCCAGUCACAUUCGUCCCACCGGCACCACGUCCCCUGCAGCGGAAUCAGCAAAUACCCCAAGGCCCAGGGGACUUCCAACAUAUCUUGCACUCUAACCAGACCAGCCCCAACCCUGCCACAGAACCCGUCGAGGGCGAGGCACAGCGCUCCGAAUCUCAGCCCGCGUCCAGAGCACCCCACCACCUUGGGUCUACUUCUCCUUCUGAGCCUAGCAACGCCGGCUCCGGGCACGACACGGACGUGAGCAGGCCCUCUCACCCGUCCCACAACCCUCAGUUGCGCUCGAAUGGCCACGGCUUCCCGCCCAGUCACCCGGAUGUGAACAUGCAGCCACAUGCCAGGCUUCCCCCGCCGGCCCCAAAUCAAAGGGUGCUGCCUCAGGAUUCUGCCUCGAGGAGAGCCUCGGUUGCAGCGUACAGCUCGCGUGAGGGAUUCACGUCUCCGUCUUCUGCUUUCGCUGGGCUGAGAUCUAGGCCAGGUGUGGUAUCGAACGAGGGAAACAGUGACACUCCGGUAUCUCCGGGGUCCAGCUUGGACGACGACAGUGAUCCGGACGAGAGCGGCCCACGCUUUCCUUACGCCGGCCUCCGCAGUGUCCGACAAGCCCAGCUCCUCCGUGGCCAGAUGUCCAACAAGCGGGUCGCUUCUCAGAAGGCUAUCAAGGCAUUGCAGAACGUGGAGAUCCAGAGUCUGCCCGAGAACGAGAGAACCUGCGUAAUUUGCUACAAUGACUUUGGCGUCGCCAGCCCGGAAGGCAUAAACGAGCAUCCACUGCGCUUGCCAAAGUGCAAGCAUGUAUUCGGCAACCACUGCAUCCUCAAGUGGUUUGAAGACGCCGAUAGUUGCCCGUACUGCCGGGAUAAGCUGCACUCGGAGCCCGCACCGCCGAGUAGGGAUAUGUUGCGUAGGACAUACCAAGUCGCCAGGGUCGACGCGGAGGUGGGCGUGCCUGCAUACCGUAGGGCGAUACAAGCUCUGAGGAGGGACUCGUCUGGCGUAGACAUGUACCAUCAGUAUACCAUACAUCCACGUGGUGCUCAGCCUCACCCCGAAGGCUCUCACCGCGAUGCUUCAGCUGCUGGCGAGCGGCGGGCACCACCGGAGGAUCCGAGCGACACUCAGCGGAGACAGCGCCCACGGCACGACGCUUCAAGGACAUACGAUCAGCGGCAUGGAAGCCUGCUGCUCCAUGGCGCCAUCAGUGAACAGAGAUACGACCCUUCGCACACUGCCUCACAGCAGCACAGUCCGGUCCGUCUGCCUUUUCCCCCCUCCCAGUCGCAUAACCCACCGCAGCCUGGUCACCUGCACGACGUGUGGCCUCGGAGAACGCAGAACAUGCCUAACUUGCAGCAGUCAAUCUUCCCACGCACAUCCAACAUCCCGCAUCAGACGCAGGCUGCCAACCACCCUGCCACUCUCGCGCCUCUAGGACCGAACUCUUCGGGCUUCUCAGGCUACGUUCCUUCAAGUCCUCCGGCAAGCAGCUCAGUAGGCGCUUACCCUCCGCCAUUGUCGCACAUGGGAAACUAUCAAAACUACUCGGGCCCUCUUAGUGGAGGCGGCCUGCAAGCCCCGACAUCAGCGGAGCUUCCGCUCCCAACAUCAUUUCCAGGGCCACCACCUCCUCACGCAGCCUUUGCUCAACAACUUCCCCAUCUGAGUCAGUUUCGAAACCCUGCCUACACACCAUUUCAUCUGGGUCUGGAGUAUGGACGCGCGGAUCAGAGUAUAGCAAUGGCGAAUAGUGGAUUCUAUACUCCGAACUAA